AAAGUCCUCUGCAGCUGGGACACUCUUCCUUCUUCAACUUCAUUUUACUUCUGUUACUAUUUUUCUUCGAAACCCACUUCUUCAAAUUUGAAGAUUUUCUCUUUUGCUUCUUUGGUUUUCUGUCUAAGACACAGUUCUCUGUGUAUAUCUGUGCCUGAGUAAUUGAACAAAUGCUUCAACCAUUUUGAGAGGUACAUAUAAUGGCUUAGUUGAGGUAAACAAGGUGGCUUGAGUUGAUAUUUGUUGGGGUCUAGAGAUGUCAAGUAGAAGGGGGUCUGAUCAGCCACCGCCUAGGCGGAUUUUGCGGACUCAGACUGCCGGAAAUUUAGGAGAGCCAAUCUUGGAUAGUGAGGUGGUGCCUUCUUCCUUGGUCGAGAUUGCUCCAAUUCUUCGUGUGGCUAAUGAAGUCGAGUCUAGCAACCGAAGAGUUGCUUAUCUCUGUCGGUUUUAUGCCUUCGAAAAAGCUCACAGACUGGAUCCUACAUCUAGUGGACGUGGUGUUCGUCAAUUUAAAACUGCACUUCUUCAACGUCUAGAAAGGGAAAAUGAAAUGACAUUGGCAGGAAGGGCGAAGAGUGAUGCUCGAGAAAUGCAGAGAUUUUAUCGGGAUUACUACAAAAAGUAUAUUCAGGCUUUGCAGGAUGCUUCUGAUAAACAUGACCGUGCCCAACUUACAAAAGCAUAUCAAACUGCUUCUGUCCUAUUUGAGGUUUUGAGGGCUGUAAAUCAGACUGAAGCUGUUGAAAUGUCUGAUGAGAUUUUGCAAGCUCACACUAAGGUCGAGGAGAAGAAACAGUUAUAUAAGCCUUAUAAUAUUCUUCCUCUUGAUCCAGAUAGUGAAAAUCAGGCUAUUAUGAGUUUUCCUGAGAUUCAAGCUAGUGUUUCUUCACUUCGUAACACCAGGGGUUUGCCAUGGCCAAAGGGCCACCAGAAGAAAGUAAAUGAAGACAUUCUAGACUGGCUUCAGGCUAUGUUUGGUUUUCAGAAGGAUAAUGUUGAGAAUCAAAGGGAGCACUUGAUUCUGUUGCUUGCAAAUGUGCACAUAAGACAAUUCCCAAAGCCUGAUCAGCAACCCAAGUUGGAUGAUCGUGCUCUGACAGAAGUGAUGAAGAAACUUUUUAAAAACUACAAAAGGUGGUGCAAUUAUUUGGAUCGCAAAAGUAGCCUUUGGUUACCAACAAUUCAACAGGAAGUGCAGCAGCGAAAAUUACUGUACAUGGGUUUAUAUCUUCUUAUAUGGGGAGAAGCUGCAAACUUGAGAUUCAUGCCGGAAUGCCUUUGCUAUAUUUAUCAUCAUAUGGCGUUUGAGUUGUAUGGGAUGCUGGCUGGAAGUAUCAGUCCAAUGACUGGUGAGCCUAUAAAGCCAGCCUAUGGUGGUGACGAUGAGUCUUUUCUAAAGAAGGUGGUAACUCCCAUAUAUGAGACGAUAGCAAAGGAAGCUAAAAGAAGCAAAGAAGGAAAAGCAAAGCAUUCUCAGUGGAGAAAUUAUGAUGAUUUAAAUGAAUAUUUCUGGUCAGUUGAUUGUUUUCGGCUGGGUUGGCCUAUGCGUGCUGAUGCUGAUUUCUUUUGCCAACCUCCGGAACAGCAUCGAGUUGACAAAAAGGAUGAUGAGAAACCUUAUACUGGGGAUCGAUGGAUUGGGAAAACUAAUUUUGUUGAAAUACGCUCAGUUUGGCAUAUCUUUAGAAGUUUUGAUAGAAUGUGGAGCUUUUAUAUUUUGUGUUUACAGGCAAUGAUCAUCCUUGCUUCGAAUGGGUCAGGGAAAUUAAGUUCCAUAUUUGAGGGUGAUGUUUUCAAGAAGGUGUUGAGUAUCUUCAUAACUGCCGCAUUAUUGAAGCUUGUACAAGCUGUUGUUGAUAUAGUCCUGGGCUGGAAAGCAAGGCAGAGCAUGUCAAUAUAUGUCAAGCUAAGAUACAUUUUGAAGGCUAUUUCUGCUGCAGCAUGGAUCAUAGUUUUACCAGUAGCUUAUGCCUAUAGUUGGAAAAAUCCUCCGGGGUUUGCACAGACCAUUAGGAGUUGGUUUGGCAACAGUCCAAGUUCACCAUCUUUGUUCAUUUUGGCAGUCCUCAUUUACUUAUCUCCAAACAUGCUCUGCACAGUGUUGUUUCUGUUCCCAUUCAUUCGCCGAUUUCUUGAAGGAUCAAACUAUAAGGUUGUGAUGCUCAUGAUGUGGUGGUCUCAGCCUCGGCUCUAUGUCGGAAGGGCAAUGCAUGAGAGCUCAAUUUCUCUUAUCAAGUACACUAUGUUUUGGGUUCUCCUGAUAGUAUCAAAAUUAGCAUUCAGUUACUACGUAGAGAUUAGGCCUCUUGUGGGUCCAACAAAACUUAUAAUGAAGGUUCACGUGAAAGUAUUUCAGUGGCACGAGUUCUUCCCUCAAGCCAAGAACAACAUUGGUGUCGUGAUUGCACUUUGGGCUCCUAUAAUUAUUGUCUACUUUAUGGAUACUCAGAUUUGGUAUGCCAUCUUCUCCACUAUAUUUGGGGGUCUAUAUGGUGCAUUUCGCCGUCUUGGAGAGAUUCGAACAUUGGUAAUGCUGAGGUCUCGAUUUGAGUCACUGCCAGGUGCUUUUAAUGCCCGCUUAAUUCCAGUGGAAAAGAAUGAGAAAACCAAGAAGAAGGGGCUGAAGGCCACUUUCUCUCGAAAAUUUGAUGAGAUCCCAUCUAAUAAUGGGAAGAAUGCAGCACAGUUUGCUCAGUUGUGGAACAGUAUAAUCACUAGUUUUAGAGACGAGGAUCUAAUAACUAACGGGGAAAUGGACCUUUUGCUUGUUCCAUACUGGGCGAGUGGUCUGGAUCUUACCCAAUGGCCUCCAUUUUUACUUGCUGGCAAGAUUCCAGUAGCAUUGCAUAUGGCUAAAGACAGCAAGGGAAAAGCCAGUGAGUUGAAAAAGAGAUUAAAAAGAGAUAAUUACAUGACUUCCGCAGUUUGUGAGUGCUAUGCUUCAUUUAAAAAAAUAAUAAACUCUUUGGUUCUUGGAAAACGUGAAAAAGAGAUUAUAAAUGAAAUUUUCUCAAAGGUUGACUAUCAUAUAGAAAAAGAAGAUUUGAUAGAGGAAUUGAAUAUGAGUGCCCUCCCUAGCCUCUACGAACAAUUUAUUAUGCUUAUUAAAUAUUUGUUAGAGAAUAAAAAGGAGGACAAGGAUCAAGUUGUAAUUGUCUUGCUCAACAUGCUAGAAAUUGUGACCAGAGACAUACUGGAAGAAGAGGUUAACAGUUUGGCAGAGUCAAGUCAUGGUGCCUAUUAUGGAAAAGAUGAGGAGGGAAUGAAACCCCUUGAUCAACAAUAUCAAUUUUUUGGGGAACUUGGAUUUCCUGUUAAACAAGAAACAGAAGCUUGGAAGGAAAAAAUUAAAAGGCUUCAUCUAUUGCUUACCGUAAAGGAGUCUGCCAUGGAUGUGCCAUCCAACUUGGAAGCUAGAAGGCGUAUUUCUUUCUUCUCCAAUUCAUUGUUUAUGGACAUGCCUCCUGCACCCAAAGUUCAAAAUAUGCUUUCUUUCUCUGUCCUAACUCCUUACUAUGCAGAGGAUGUGCUUUUCUCCAUAAAUGACCUAGAAAACCUAAUUGAAGAAGAUGGAGUUUCCAUACUUUUUUAUUUGCAAAAGAUCUUUCCAGGUUCUCCUCCUCUUUUUGAACUACUUCUUCUCUCUUUGACUAUCAUUUCCGUUAGAAAAACUUAUAUGCUCUUCCAUAAAAUUGUCAUUUCUACAGAUGAAUGGAAAAACUUUCUAGAACGGGUCAAGUGUAAAAAUGAAGAAGAACUCAGAGAAAAGGAAGACCUGGAAGAAGAACUGCGUUUAUGGGCAUCCUAUAGAGGCCAGACAUUGACCAGAACCGUUCGAGGCAUGAUGUAUUACCGGAAAGCUUUGGAACUUCAGGCCUUUUUGGAUAUGGCAAAGGAUGGAGAUCUCAUGAAGGGCUACAAGGCUGCUGAAUUAGAGAGUGAGAAGAACCCCAAGAGUGAAAGGUCAUUAUGGGCACAAUGUCAAGCAAUAGCAGAUUUGAAGUUUGCAUAUGUGGUGUCAUGCCAGCAGUAUGGCAUUGACAAACGGUCUGGUCAUUCUCGUGCCAAAGACAUUUUGAAGCUUAUGGCAAAGUACCCAUCUCUUCGGGUAGCUUACAUUGAUGAAGUUGAAGCACCUCGUAAAGAUAAUUCCAAAAACACAGUUCAGAAGGUCUAUUAUUCAGCUCUUGUAAAGGCUGCCCCACCAACAAAGCAAAUUGAUUCUUCUGAGCCAGUUCAAAAUUUGGACCAGGUUAUUUAUCGGAUAAAGCUUCCUGGGCCUGCGAUAUUGGGUGAGGGUAAGCCAGAAAAUCAAAAUCAUGCCAUUAUUUUUACACGUGGGGAAGGCUUGCAAACAAUAGAUAUGAAUCAGGAUAAUUAUAUGGAAGAAGCCUUCAAAAUGAGGAAUUUGCUGCAAGAAUUUCUUAAAAAACAUGGUGGCGUGAGAUUUCCAACCAUCCUUGGACUUCGGGAGCAUAUUUUCACUGGCAGUGUUUCAUCUCUGGCAUGGUUUAUGUCAAAUCAGGAGAAUAGUUUUGUAACUAUUGGGCAGCGAUUGUUAGCUAACCCUCUAAAAGUUCGGUUCCACUAUGGUCAUCCGGAUGUUUUUGAUAGACUGUUCCACCUUCCUAGAGGGGGUGUCAGCAAAGCUUCCAAAGUCAUCAAUUUAAGCGAGGACAUAUUUGCUGGUUUCAAUUCUACAUUACGCGAAGGCAAUGUUACUCAUCAUGAAUAUAUACAAGUUGGUAAGGGGAGGGAUGUCGGCCUUCAACAGAUCUCAAUGUUUGAGGCCAAGAUCGCUAAUGGGAAUGGUGAGCAGACAUUGAGUCGUGACAUAUAUCGGCUUGGUCACAGAUUUGAUUUCUUCCGAAUGAUGUCAUGUUAUUUCACCACGGUUGGUUUCUAUUUCAGUACCUUGCUGACUGUGCUCACAGUCUAUGUGUUUCUCUAUGGCCGCCUUUAUCUUGUUGUCAGUGGACUUGAAAAAGGGCUGAGCACUGAACCUGCUAUUCGAGACAAUAAGCCUCUUCAAGUAGCUCUAGCUUCUCAAUCUAUUGUGCAAAUUGGAUUUCUGAUGUCCUUGCCUAUGAUGAUGGAAAUUGGUUUAGAAAGAGGCUUCCGUACUGCAUUAACUGAUUUCAUAUUAAUGCAAUUACAGUUGGCCCCUGUCUUCUUCACAUUUUCUUUGGGAACGAAGACUCACUAUUAUGGAAGGACAUUGCUUCAUGGGGGUGCACGAUACAGAGGUACAGGUCGAGGUUUUGUAGUGGUCCAUGCUAAGUUUGCUGAGAACUACAGGCUGUAUUCUCGCAGCCAUUUUGUUAAGGGCAUUGAAUUGAUGAUUCUGCUUAUUGUGUACCAAAUAUUUGGCCAAUCAUAUGGAGGCGGAGUUUCAUAUGUCUUGAUCACUUUUUCAAUAUGGUUCAUGGUGGGGGCAUGGCUUUUUGCUCCUUUCCUCUUCAAUCCAUCAGGCUUUGAGUGGCAAAAGAUUGUUGAUGACUGGACAGAUUGGAAUAAAUGGAUAAACAACCGUGGAGGGAUAGGUGUACUUCCAGAAAAAAGUUGGGAAUCUUGGUGGGAAAAGGAACAUGAUCAUCUCCGAUAUUCUGGGAAGCGUGGUAUUAUUGUUGAGAUAUUGUUAUCAUUGCGCUUUUUCAUCUAUCAAUAUGGGCUUGUAUAUCAUUUGAGCAUUACAAAGAGCAAAAGCUUUCUGGUUUAUGGAGUCUCAUGGAUUGUGAUCGUUGUAGUAUUGUUGUUGAUGAAGAUUGUGUCAGUUGGAAGGCGACGAUUAAGUGCAAACUUCCAGCUUGUGUUUCGAUUGAUCAAGGGUCUAAUUGCCCUGACAUUCCUUGCUGUUUUCAUUACCUUAAUAGCAGUUCCUCAUAUGACGCUUCGGGACAUCAUAGUGUGCAUUCUUGCUUUCAUGCCAACGGGAUGGGGAAUGCUCCAGAUUGCACAAGCUAGUAAGCCACUGAUUGAACAUAGUGGAUUUUGGGGAUCAAUCAAGGCGCUUGCUCGUGGAUAUGAAAUAAUCAUGGGCUUGCUUCUGUUCACCCCAGUUGCAUUCUUGGCUUGGUUUCCAUUUGUGUCCGAAUUCCAAACACGAAUGCUCUUCAAUCAAGCAUUCAGCAGAGGUUUACAAAUUUCCCGUAUUCUUGGUGGAAAGAAGAAGGAGCGCUCUGCCAACAACAAAGAGUAAAUGCAUUCCCAACAACAGUUCCAUUAAUUUAAUAUAUCUCUUACUCUUCAGUGUUAAUUUCACCCUUGCACAUGAUAUGGAAAAACCAUUUCAUUGAUGUGUUUGUAUAACAUGUCCCACUUGAUUGGGAGAUGUGAUCAUGUAAAUCAAUGACUCUUUUUAUUAGAAACUUGAGAAGAUAGAAAAUUAUCAAUUUGUAAGUUGUGCUAGCUACUCGUUUACGGUUAUUGGGCCUUGCAAUCAGCUUAAAGUUGACAAUGUAAGCAGCUUGCAUUGCAUGUCUUUUUCAGUACCAUUCACAGGAAGCUUCUUAUUU